AUGGAUCUGUUGCCCUGGACUGAGAAGUAUAGGCCCACUGCCGUGAAUGAAGUGUUUGGUCAUCGAGACAUUAUUACGACAUUGGAAUCAUUUUUGAAAAGUGGGCAGCUACCUCACAUCUUGCUUCAUGGUCCCCCGGGAACGGGCAAGACGAGUGUGGUGCAAGCGAUUGUACGAACGAUGUUUGGUUUACAAAUGGAAUUACGUGUCUUGGAAAUGAAUGCUUCAGAUGAUCGAGGUAUCGGAGUGGUACGAGACCAGAUCAAAACAUUCGUGGAAACGUCUAUACCUGGGUCUCACAGGGCGAAGGAACUAAAGUAUAAACCGGUUGAAGUGGACCCGACACGGUUGCUAUUCGAGAAUGGUAUCAGUAACAUGAAACAGGAAAUAACCGAAGAUGAAGAAAUGCACGUCGAAGAAGAACCAGAGACCUCCAAACCAGAGACCUCCAAACCAGAGACCUCCAAACCGGAGGCCUCCAAAUUGCCUGCACAAACAACUCUGAUGUCUUUCUUUACUCCCAGAACAAAUUCUAAAACGGAAAAGGCCUCUGCUAAAAAACCAAGCCCGAAAAGGGCAUCCCCAAUCCGCCCUAAAAGAACGCAAGUAUCCAUGGAAAUUAACUUCCCCAAUGCCCCUCAAUUACCUCAAGACGAUUCAGUUCAUCCGAAUCUACGCAAUCUCAAAAUCGUCGUACUUGAUGAAGUGGAUCAAAUGACCUCCGUUGCGCAAACCGCCUUACGACGAAUCAUGGAGAAGCAUGCUGGCAAUGCUCGUUUCUUUUUAAUGUGUAAUGAGAUUACCAAGAUCAACUUGCCAAUACAAAGCCGUUGUACAAAGUUUCGUUUCAAGCCUAUAGGCAAAGAUUUCAUGCGAGCGAAAUUGGAUAUAGUGGUAGCCAAUGAAAAGAUUAGAAUUGUUGAGGACGCCAAAAAUGAGUUGCUGGAACGAGCUAAAGGUGACUUCCGUAAGCUCCUAAAUACGUUGCAAACGUGCGUGAUGCAAACGCAGUGGGAUAGUUCAUCGGGCCUCUCAUACGAUCGGAUACAAACUGACACGGGACCUGAGUCCAAUGGGACGGUCGCGGCUGAGCUGGGGGGUGAGCCACGAGGCGGUGAGCGAGGAAUCAUAACGAAGGCCGUUGUCAGGAUGUCGUUGGGCCUUCCAAAUGAGCAGGAGUUGAGCGGACUUAUAAAGGUAUUGAAGACUGAGAAAAAUCCAUUCCCGUCAGUAUACAUGCAGAUACUACAGACUCUCCAGGAAAAGGGUGUUGCACUCUCCGAUCUAGUUGAAGCGUGUUACGACGACAUUUUGCAGACCACUCUCCCCAACAAAACGUACCUCACCAUCCUCCCAAGGUUCGGCGACAUACAAUGCGCUUUAGCUGCGGGCGCGAGUCCCCAAAUUCAGGCUGGCUGCCUUGUAGCCGCGUAUGUCGAAAUAUCCAAAGACCUUCCCUGA